AAACCCAAACCAGCUUCAAAAAACCAAAAAAGCAAUAUUGAGUAAAAGUAUUAAUUUCUUCAUGGGAUUAUUCCUGGUAAACACAUCAGAGAAUAACAAGCAUACCAGCAACGAUUUCAGUAUUAUGGAUCAAAAGGCAAGUCAAUUCCCUUCCAUCAAAAUUGAAAGAAGAAUCAUUGAGAAAAAUAGAAGAGACCAGAUGAAAAUCCUCUACUCCAAGCUCUACUCUCUUCUUCCUCAACACACUUCCAAGGAGCCCUUGACAUUGCCGGAUCAGAUAGACGAGGCAAUAAAUUACAUAAAAAAUUUAGAGAUGAGGCUGAAGAACUACGAGGGAAAGAAAGAGAGGUUGCUUGGAAGGAAAAGAUUGCAUACAAGCUUAAACUUUGACAGCACAGCUGGGAAACAGAGACCGCCUAAGAUCGAAAUCCAUGAGAUGGGUUCGGUUCUUGAGGUAAUUUUGAUAAGUGGGUCGGAGAACCAGUUCGUCUUCUACGAAGUUAUACGUAUAAUUCAAGAUGAAGGAGCGGAUAUUAUCAAUGCUAAGUUUUCAGUCUCCGGAGAAACCAUCUACCAUGUAAUUAAUGCAGAGAUUGGGGAUUCUAUGUUCAUCUUUGGAGCGGCGAAGAUAACGGAGAGGCUUAAAAGAUUUGUUAGUGGAUCAAGCAGUGAUGUAGAGCCACAGCCGGAAUUAUGGGACUUUGAAAUUCAUCCUGGAACGUGGGAGUUCUGAUUAAGUUUAAUUUAGAUUUUUACUGCAAAACACUAAUGACAGUCAGCAGGCAUUUCCGUGGAGGUUAUUGCCAGCGAGAACUGUAAAAUUACCCAAAAAAAAAAAAAAAAAAAGGCUUUGAAUUUCCAUAGAAAUAGUUGUGAUUAUAUUAGAGUGGAAAGAAAACCCUCAUGGAGUUCUUAUUAGUUAGUUAGUUAGUUAUAUGCAGGUAGAUAUGGCAUUUACUCAAUUCUCCAAUAAGUUCAUGUAAUAUUUCUUGAAAGUUACAACAAUUUAUGGAGAAAAUACAAGGGAUUUUUCUUUUA